AGCUUUGUGAGUUCAGUGGUCUUAUGAGGGAAUUACAAGAUGCAUAUAAAAUAUUAGAAGUUACAGAAUAUAAGUCACUUUGUAAUGCACUUGAAUUAGAAUUACAAGAAGCACGAUUAAUUCAAGCUGGUCCAUCCAAAAUACCUUCCAAAAUAAAUGCUUCUGAUCUUAAAAAUGUUCAUAAAGAACUAAAAGAAAAACCAAAAAAUACUGCCAUAGAAUUAAAUGGGA